UUUCUCGAUAAAAAUAAUGGGAAGAAGUGUCUAAUGUUAUCGGCAAGGGCGGCUUUUAAAGUGAAUAAGAUCAAGAAAUCAAGUUUUUUGGUUUUUCCCAAAGUCGUUUUUGAGGAUGGAACAACGUCUUGUAUUAUCAGUAACAGAUUUAAUGAACUCCUCUGGGUCGACGAAAUUGAUGGAGCUCUAUUGCAAUGUGAAACAAAACGCCAACUAUUAUCACUUCAAACCAAGUAUGCAUGUUACCUUGUCUACCAAAUAAAUGACAACUACGAAUCAAAUUUUCAGAGGCCGGUGUCAGUGAGAGAUAGAUAUGUGGGUUCUAAAGAUUGGGAUAAGAGUGAGUAUUGGCAUAUCUAUUUAGUUCGUCCACAAACACCAGUCAUAAGACCGAAGGUUGGUGAAAACACCCACAACCCAUUGAGUAGACCCAAAAUAAAAGGCCUUCCACAACAGAGGAGCGACAGCUGGAUGGAAGUACAAGUAUAUGAAUUUCAGACUACUGAUACUACGGAGGGAGUUAUUCCGAGUCUCGAAGUGCAACUGAAACUUUGUGUUGACAGCCUUGGGAGUCUUCAUCUUCAUAUUCUCGGAGUUGAGUUUAGACCCAUAUCUAUAUACUAACUUAAACAGGAUCUUGAAACAUAUGGACCCUCCGGGGCCUACUUUUUUUCCGCCUAUACCAUUGUAUGUAUAAAUUUAAUUUUUUAUUUAAUGAGUCAUAAAUUUUU